AUGUCGGAAACUUCUACUGAUACGGAAAGUCAACCGGAGUUUUGCCAAAUGGAAACAAUAUCAAUUUCCGAUAAUAAUGAAGCCAAAAAUACAUCUUUAUCACUUCAUAUCGAAGUUCGAUUGAACAAAAAAGUCCCUAAAUCUUUAGCAAUGGAAAAAUUAAGUGAAAUUGGGUCUUUCGUAAAUUCUCAACUCAGCAAAUCAAGAAAUUGGAAACCGAUAGAUCUUCAAGAAGUGUGCGAUCCCGUUUCUGAUUAUUCGGAUAAAAACAUCAAACUGGAAAACAUCAUAGAAAAAGUUUUGAUUGGGUGUAAUCAGUUGGAUGAUGGGCAGAGUCUUUCAUCAGCUUCUGAAUUCAUUCCUUCAAUUGAUAAUUGCCAUAUUUAUAAGCUAAACACCGAUGGACCAUUAUCUCAAUCGAUUGGAGAAGACGAAGAUAGUAUUAUUGGAUCUCAAUUAUGGCAGUUGCCAUGCAUCGAAUUCGAAAGCACAUGGGAAAAUUUGAUUUACGAUUCAAAUUUGAAAAACGAGAUAAUUUCCUAUGUUUAUGCCCUUCUUCGUUUAUCAGAAAAGCGAGCAAACCCAAAAAUUAUUAACGUCAACAGACUCAUUAUGCUAAUUGGUCCUCCCGGAACCGGCAAAACUUCACUCUGCAAGGGUUUAACCCAACAUCUUGCAAUUCGCUUAAAUACCAAAUAUUCGCAUUCAGUUCUCGUCGAAAUCAACAGCCAUAGCUUAUUUUCGAAAUGGUUUUCAGAGAGUGGUAAAUUGGUGCAAAAAAUGUUCGAUCAAAUUGACGAACUCGCUGAUGAUCCCAAAUGUAUGGUUUUCGUUUUAAUCGACGAAGUCGAAUCUCUUGGAAUGUGCCGAGAAUCAUCGUCUUCGCGUUCGGAACCGGCUGAUGCAAUUCGGGCAGUAAAUGCUCUUCUCACACAAAUCGACCGAAUCAGAAGGAGAGAAAAUGUUCUGAUAUUGUGCACAUCGAAUCUCGAAGAAUCCCUCGAUCGAGCUCUGGUAGACCGUGCUGAUAUUGUCCGACAUGUCGGGAUUCCAUCGCAUUUUGCCCUGUAUUCAAUGUUAAAAUCCUGUAUAAUUGAAUUGGAAAGAAUUGGAAUCGUUUCGGAAUCGAAUUGUUUAAAAUUAGCAGCUGUUGAAGAUAUUUUGGAAGAAGAAAAUUCUGCAAAUUUGACCACUGAAACGAAAACCUUGUUAGGAAUUGCUAGAGAUGCUCAUGGAUUGAGUGGCCGCGCAAUUUCAAUGCUUCCUGCAUUAGUUCUUUCGAAAAGUUUAGAGGAUGUCAUUUCACUCGAUAAAUGUCUGAAAUACUUUAAACAAGCAGUCAAGGAAAGGAAACAACGAGCUGAAAUUGCUUAA